AUGGGUGAAGAAGCUCGAGUAUCAGAUAUGGAAACCAGCGAAGAGAACACGACGAGGAGAAACCAUCUCGUACAUGACUUGAUGGUGGAUUUAUACCCGCUUAGUAGCUACUACUUCGGUUCAAGAGACGCUAUUCGUGUGAAGGACGAGAUUAUCUCUGAUCGAGUCGUCAGAUUGAAAUCGAAUUACGCUGUUCAUGGAUUGAGGACUUGUGUUGAAGCUGUUCUUCUGGUUGAGUUGUUCAAGCAUCCUCAUGUUUUGCUUCUUCAAUAUAGAAACUCCAUCUUCAAGCUUCCUGGUGGUCGUUUAAGACCUGGAGAAUCAGAUAUUGAAGGUUUGAAACGCAAACUAGCAUCAAAGCUUUCGAUUAAUGAAAAUGUCGUUGUUCCUGGUUUGGAGGUAGGAGAAUGCAUUGGGAUGUGGUGGAGACCCAAUUUUGAGACAUUGAUGUAUCCUUUCCUGCCACCUAAUGUGAAACACCCAAAGGAAUGCACAAAGCUUUUUCUUGUGAGACUGUCAUUAAAUCAACAGUUUGUUGUGCCUAAAAACUUCAAACUCCUCGCUGUUCCGUUGUGCCAAAUCCACGAAAACGAAAAGACUUAUGGGCCGAUCAUAUCGGAAAUUCCCAAGCUUCUUUCAAAAUUCUCCUUCAACAUGAUGGAAAUAUGA